AUGCACUGCAGCAGCAUAUCUCUGAUACUCGCUGUCAGUGUACUGAAACCUUCAUCUGAGUUUGAGCCCUUGUGGUUUUCCCGACCAAACCCGCGGUCCUCUGUCUCCUUCCUCACUCUUCUCCGACGCCGGCCGAUUUGGUCGCGCCUCCCUUGCCCUCGCCCCCGCGGCCUUGCUCCCCCUCCCGCUGCCGCACGCCCCCCCCGCCAUCGCCCCACGCGGUGGUCUCCGUCCUCUCCGCCCCCGCCGCCUCGUUCCUCUCUGCUCGCCGGCCGUGAAGGUUCGAUUUUUUGGAGACCACUGUCCGGAGUCCUCGCUCUCCUUCCGCCUCUGUCCAUCGUCAACCACCUCCUCACCUUCGACCACGAAGCUCGCCCCCUCCAUGACGCCGUCGACCAAGGUGGAGGAGCUCAGGUGCCCCUUUUCCGCUCCUCGGACGGCUACGCGCUCAAGGUGGAGGAGCUCACCGUCGAGCUCGCCGGUGUGGUGCUGACUGGCGACUCUGUGGUGGGCAAGUCCAAUCUCCUCUCCCGCUUCACCCGCAAGGAGUUCUGCCUCGACUCCAAGUCCACCAUCGGCGUCAAGUUCGCCGCCCGCACGCUCCACAUCCAAAUUAUUGCUGCCAAACAUGACGAGCUAGCUAGUAAAUCGACUGCUAACAAGUCAACUCUGAGAAACUCAAGUUCAUGUGCUUCAGUAAUUAUUUGUUGAAGAUGUACUCAAGUUCAUGCUUCGGUAGUUGAUGCUCUAGUUAUACUCGAGUCUGUAUUAUACAGAGAUGCUCUAGUACAAAGGAGAACAGUGACUUGUAGUUCAUGUUGAUCAACAAAAUUAUUGCCAAUAAAGUUGAUACACAUG